UUGCUGACCUCGCAAGUGUAGGGACCACCUGUCCUCUGCUAUUAAGCCAUGCUGACGUUUUGUAGAUCCCACGUGUCUUCACCAUACCUGAUACCUCCAAAAUAAAAAUAUUCAUUUGUCAACACCAAAAACUGAUCGGUAAAGAAAAAGAAAAAAAAAACACCACGUUUAAUGAUUACGUGGCAAAUUAGUAAACAAAGUUGAAAAAUGAGAAAACAAAACCCUAGUUAACCUCUCUGUCAUUUUCUAUAUAAACCAUGCUGGUUCUCAUAUGCUAAACCACACUGGUCUUCACCAAAAACCAUUUGAUCUUUCAGUAGCCUUCUCUUUCUAUCUCUUCAAGCUUCAAUCAUGAGCAUUGAUUCCGGCCUUGAUUCGCCUCUCGGCCUUCCGGCCUGUGAGAAGGAUGCCAAAGCUCUUCAGUUCAUUGAAGAGAUGACUAGAAAUGUAGACUCGAUGCAGGAGAAGGUUUUGGCUGAAAUAUUGAGCCGAAACGCCAAGACCGAGUACCUCGGCCUGUUUGAACUUGAUGGUUCAACCGACCGAGACAAGUUUAAGCCCAAAGUUCCGGUUGUCACUUAUGAAGAUCUCCAGCCUGAUAUCCAACGCAUUGCUAAUGGCGACCGCUCUCCAAUUUUCUCCGCUCACCCCAUUUCGGAGUUCCUCACUAGUUCUGGAACAUCAGCUGGUGAAAGAAAGCUCAUGCCAACAAUUCAUGAAGAGUUGGAUAGAAGACAGAAACUAUACAGCCUCCUCAUGCCUGUGAUGAAUCUUUAUGUACCUGGUCUGGACAAAGGGAAGGGUCUAUAUUUCCUAUUUGUGAAGGCAGAGAGCAAGACUCCAAGCGGCCUAGUUGCGCGGCCGGUCCUAACCAGUUACUACAAGAGUGACCAUUUCAAGACCAGGCCAUAUGACCCUUACAUGGUCUACACUAGCCCUAAUGAGACCAUUCUCUGCGUUGACUCUUUCCAGAGCAUGUACUCUCAGAUGCUCUGUGGCCUUCUCAUGCGCGAAGAAGUCCUCCGAGUUGGUGCUGUGUUCGCCUCAGGCCUACUCCGCGCCAUCCGGUUCCUUCAGCUCAACUGGAAGCAACUGGCUGACGACAUUGAAUCCGGGACCCUAAACCCUAGGGUGACUGACCCUUCGGUCCGGGAAUGCAUCUCCAACAUCCUCAAACCCAAUCAAGAACUUGCUAAGUUCAUCACCAAGGAGUGUGAAGGUGAGAAUUGGGAGGGCAUUAUAGUAAGAAUUUGGCCAAACACUAAGUACCUCGACGUUAUCGUCACCGGAGCAAUGGCUCAGUACAUUCCCACAUUGGAUUACUAUAGCAAUGGCUUACCACAAGCUUGCACUAUGUAUGCUUCUUCUGAGUGCUAUUUUGGGCUUAACCUAAAACCAAUGGUUAAGCCCUCUGAAGUUUCUUACACCAUCAUGCCAAACAUGGCCUACUUCGAGUUCCUCCCUUAUGACCCCUCAGCUCCCCCUCCGUCCCGUGAUUCGCCUCCCCGGCUCGUUGACCUUGCCGACGUUGAAGUGGGGAAAGAAUACGAGCUCGUGAUCAGCACCUACUCUGGUCUGUGCCGGUACAGAGUCGGUGACAUCCUCCUUGUCACCGGAUUCCACAACGCAGCCCCACAGUUCAAGUUCAUAAGGAGGAAGAACGUGUUGCUGAGCAUUGACUCGGAUAAAACUGACGAGUCCGAGCUGCAAAAGGCCAUUGACAAUGCUUCUCUACUUUUGCGUGAAUUCAAUACUAGCAUAGUUGAGUACACUAGCUAUGGUGAUACUAAAACCAUCCCGGGACACUAUGUGAUCUAUUGGGAGCUGAUGAUUAAAGAUCCAGCUAAUUCACCGAGCCACGAGGUGUUGGAGCAAUGCUGCCUAGCUAUGGAAGAAUCGCUGAACUCGGUGUACCGGCAAGGCCGAGUCGCGGACAACUCAAUUGGACCGCUGGAGAUUAGGGUUGUGAAAAAUGGCACAUUUGAGGAGCUCAUGGACUAUGCCAUCUCUAGGGGUGCUUCUAUCAAUCAGUACAAGGUCCCAAGGUGUGUGAACUUCACACCCAUCACAGAACUGCUCGACUCGAGAAUGGUCUCGGCGCAUUUUAGCCCCUAUGCACCACACUGGACACCGGAACGCCGACAUUGACAGUAAUUUGGAAGGAAAGGAAAAGAAUGGAAAGGAAAGGAAUAAAGAUCUGAAAGAUCUGGUUAACAUGUUUCCUGACUGUGGAUGGACCCAAAAAAAGAAAAAAAAGGUCUUAGGUAUUUCUGUAUUUGUGUCUCUCUUGAUUGUGAUCGAUCUAGUAGCUGCGGAAAGUGUCUUUGGAUUUCUUUUGAAAUUUGCAGUGUUUGUUUGUGUAGGUUCAAGUAAUCUGUGUACGCGUGUUGUAGUUGUCAUUUGUCACUAAUGAUAUUGUUGUCGAUUGUAUUGUUGUAUUUGUUUUCAACUUUUGAGAAAGCUGGGAAAAGACUUGGAAGUGUAAUAAGAGUGAACACAUAUAUAUUGUUCCUCUCGAGUGGAUUUUGGUGGGAGGUUGUAAAUAAGUGCAAGUUUGGAGUGUAUUGUUGUUGUCUGCUAAUGGGCAAAAUACACGUGUGUUUCAUAUGUA